UUUUUUCUUUCGAAAUCGCCAGUUUUCCAUUGAUACUACGGUUUUAAGUACACCAUUAGGAACCAGCAGCAAGCAUUCGCUUAGUAGUGGAUGAGAGCCUGAGCAGCCGACGAGUAGAGUUGUAACAGCAGCAGAUUGUGAACUCCAAUUUUUCUCCGGUGAAUUCGUAUCAUAGUACCCUGACAAAAUGGCCCUAAGCGACGCAGAUGUCCAGAAACAGAUCAAGCAUAUGAUGGCCUUCAUUGAACAGGAGGCCAACGAAAAAGCGGAAGAAAUUGACGCCAAAGCCGAAGAAGAGUUCAAUAUCGAAAAGGGUCGUUUAGUGCAGCAACAGCGUUUAAAGAUCAUGGAGUACUAUGAGAAAAAGGAGAAACAAGUAGAGCUGCAAAAAAAGAUUCAAUCCUCGAACAUGCUGAAUCAGGCUCGUCUAAAGGUGCUCAAAGUACGCGAUGAUCACGUCGCCAACGUACUCGAGGAAUGCAGACGUCGGUUGGGGGAAGUCACCCGUGACCAAGUCCGUUACGGUGAGGUUCUUUCCGCUCUCAUCACUCAAGGUUUGCUUCAGCUCAUGGAAGCCAACGUGUUCGUACGAGGUCGCCAGGCCGAUGCUCAGUUGAUUCAGAAUGUUCUACCGUCAGCGGUUGCAGCAUACAAAAAAGCAUCCGGUAAAGAAGUCGAAGUAAGACUCGAUACGGACACAUAUUUACCGGCGAACACUACUGGAGGAAUCGAUCUGAUCACUCAGUCAGGUCGCAUCAAGAUCUCCAAUACUUUGGAGUCUCGAUUGGAGCUCAUCGCCCAGCAGCUGGUACCAGCAAUCCGUAAUGCUUUGUUCGGGCUUAACGUCAACCGCAAAUUCGCCGAUUAAACAGUAUCCACCAUGCAGCAAAAAGUGUGUUUCGUCACCCCAAGCAGUUUUCCUUAUUUUCAUUUUUUUCUGGCCAAAGCAAACUUUCAUAGGGGAAGUUCAAAACAAAGUUCAGCAUGAGUUCGAGGCAAUUACACGCUAAGGUCAGUUCCAUCAGAUUCUAAGUUUAUGCUGUAUUAUGCCCACGAGCUGUUGUGUUUAUGUAACCGAAUAAAACCAUACCUUCAGACGGCCGCAGAAUCGACAUAUAACCACGCUGUAUUCUACUCAAAACCUUUUACUGUUGUUCUGCGUCCUCCAAAAUUCCACCAUCUUUCCAUCCGGAGGGGGUUCUUUUACGUUAUUCGGGGGCCGUCUUUUGGUAGUGGUUUUGCUUCCAUGUUAUUAAAACAUACAUUUACAAACAAAAAUAUUAAUCUGUUUUUGCGAUUUGCUAUUUGUUUAUUUGAUUGUAUAUCAUUUAAUAGUUUAGAAACUUGUUUUAUUUCAUAUCGCUUUAAGAAAAAUCUUGUUGUUUAGUGAAAUAUAAACUGGCGUUAGGGAUAAUUGAUUUUAAGUCGCAGAAUCGAAACUAUAGGAAUAAAAUAAAUAUCGACGAUACACAUUCCUUUGGUUUUUGGUUCAGUACGGUUCAACGAUAGGCUGUGUAAUGGAUUUCUGCCAUAGUUGUUCCUACGUUCAAUUAUGUAUGGUUCGUUUCCGCUAAUUUAUCCAUCUAUUCGGCUUGCAUGAAAGAAUAUUAUUCCAUCCACGACUAACUGAGGGAAUGUCAAUAAUUGAAAACAAUUGAAUCAACGUCAUUUUGGUGGAUUUCGAGGUUUCUAGACAGUAACGUCUAAAGUUUUCGAAGCUCAUGCUACAGCAUCUUGCUUCGCUUACACCAAAAUUUCAACAAAAGAAACUUUGCUGAAUGUUGAAGCAAUAGCAUGAACUAUAAAAAGUUUAGUUGAUACCGGUCAUCUAGCUACCGUGAAUUUAUCAGUAUCGGUGUGUGAGUUACGCAAAAAAAAACUAUUUUCAGUUCAUAUUCGUCAACAAUAAGAUCUGUUGAAAAAAUGUUAACCGCAAAGCACUGCAACAAUCGAGCCGAAUAUUGGUAUAUAUUGGCAUGUUAAAAAAAUCCCAAUUUAACUGCGAAAUUAAUUUUAAGCUAACAUUAGCAGGUACAGAGUAUGUAAAAGAUAACAUGUAAUUAUUAUAUAGAUAUUGUUGUAAUCAUAAUGAGUAUAAUAGUUAAAAUAUAAUGCAUAUAAAUUGAUCAAUAAUACAUCCGUAAUUGAAAGUUAAAAAAAAAACUUAACAAUAAUAACUAGGCUAUCGUUUGGGAGACGCUUUCGAUGGUAUCAAUUAAACGACAAAUAUGUAUAUUCGUAAACACAUUUUGACCCAAUCAUGUAGCGGAUUUUUAAUUUUGUUUCACUAGUGUUGCACCGGCCCACUUAGUUGGUGGGAACCAUCAAUCAAUUUAAAAUUUGUAAAACACACAAUACAAUAAACUGAGUUUAGUGAUUCAAAUGGAAUUACCGUUCAUAAAUAUGCAAGAACACCUAUCUAACAACAACCCAGAACAUGUUUAAACGAGCUGUAUACUUUGUAUUGGGAGAAUGGAGAAAAACCAGUUGUGUAGCUCUGAUAAACAGGACAAAAACUAAUUAAAAAUAUAGAAAAACCACAGUGGUUCGGGGUGAGGUACCGACCAUGGUGAAA